ACCUACACUAUUAUUAAAAAAUUAAAAAAAAAACCCGAAAUAGAAAAGCAGGGGCAGAUCCGUUGGUCGAGUUAAUACUCCACCCAACGACAUUAAUUCGUAGUUUAGGGACAAGAAGAAGGGGGCUUCAGUUAUAAUCCUGUUCUUUGUCUUAAAAAAAUCAUCGAGGAUCUCCUCUCUUCCUAAAAUCGGAUCUCCAAAAGAGAUGGCGGCGGAACGGAAAAAGGAAACGAUUCGUCUGGAGCCCGAAUCCGUCAUCCCUAUCCUCAAACCUAAGCUCAUCAUGACCUUGGCUAAUCUCAUUGAACAUAGCAAUGAUAGACAAGAGUUUCUCAAGCUCUGCAAGAGAAUUGAAUACACUGUCCGAGCUUGGUAUAAUCUUCAGUUUGAAGAUUUGAUGCAACUCUACUCUCUUUUUGAUCCUGUUCACGGUGCUCAGAAACUUCAGCAGCAGAACCUAACUUCUCAGGAAAUUGAUGUCCUUGAACAGAAUUUCCUCGCUUACUUGUUUCAGGUUAUGGACAAGAGCAACUUUAAAAUAACAACAGAUGAUGAGAUCGAGGUUGCACGCUCUGGGCAGUAUCUUCUGAAUCUUCCCAUCAAAGUUGACGAGUCAAAGCUUGACAAGAAGAUACUCAAGAGAUAUUUUGAGGAGCAUCCACAUGAAAAUCUUCCAGACUUUUCUGAUAAUGUACAGCUUCAGUUUUGUAGAUUUUUAUAACACAGAUAAUUAUAGUGUUUCAUAAAUGCCUUUU